GUCCUCUCAGGGUGCUGAAAAGUCGAGGAUGUCGCUGAGCGAUAAAGCCCCUUUCGUCAUGCUGGAAACGAGCAUGGGAAAAAUAUGCCUCGAAUUGUACUGGGAUCAUGCACCGAAAACAUGUCGUAACUUUAGCGAAUUAGCUAGAAGGGGAUACUAUGAUGGUACUAUAUUUCAUAGAAUUAUUGGAGAUUUUAUGAUCCAAGGCGGAGACCCCACGGGGACAGGAAGAGGAGGUGCCUCCAUAUACGGUGAUCGUUUCGCGGAUGAAAUUUCCGAGAAGCUCAAACAUACUGGGGCAGGUAUCCUGUCUAUGGCUAAUGCAGGGCCGAACACAAAUGGAUCUCAAUUUUUCAUCACGUUAGCCCCCACACAGCAUCUUGAUGGCAAACACACAAUCUUUGGUCGAGUUGCUGCUGGAAUGAAGGUUGUUCAAAAUAUGGGUAAAGUUGACACUGACAAUCAAGAUAGACCAAAGGCGGAAGUCCGAAUAGUGAAGGCAUAUCCUAGCGACGACUCUCGACUAAAUUGAUAAUGUGAUCUUAUAAUAUUUUUACAAAUGAAUGUCUCUGUUUUCUGUCUUUUCAUCGUGACUCCCAUAGUGGUUUUGUCAGAUAGUGUUUCUUUCAAGUGAACGGCUGUCAUGAUAUGUACGGUCCGAGUCAGGGCAACAACUCCGCGCAGCGCAAGGAUACGUGCGCGAGCUAGCUUUGAGCCAAAAUUCGCCGGUUUGCAUUUCUUUUUGCUUUUUAUGCGUGCUUCCUAUUCUUUCAUUAAAGAACAAGAGCUACG